GUUAAGGUAAACAAAGCGACUCCAUCAGAUGGUGGUUAGAGACCGAGGUGACGGUGUGUCAGGGACAGUCAGACAGGUGGAGGAAAGAGGUCGAGGAGACAGGCAGGUGAAGCAGUCAGACAGGUGGAGGAGACAGGUGGACAGUCAAGAGAGGUAGAGGGGGCGGAGACAGACAGAGAGGUGAAGGUGCAUGAGACAGUCAGACAGGUGGAUGUGGAGGAGACGGACAGGUGGUCAGUCAGUCAGACAGGUGGAGGAGACAGGUAUACAGCCAGAGAGGUAGAGAAGACAGGUGGACAGGGUGAGGAGACAGACAGGUGGAAGUGAAGCAGACAGUCCGAGAGGUAGAGGGGUGGAGACGGACAGGUGGAGGUGGAGGAGACAUCAUGGAGACGGUGGGGACAUUAGUGCUUCUCCUCCUGUGUUUAUCUGCCUCAGCAGUUUCAGGGAGCGGCUCCAACGACACGGUGCUGACUGCCGCACCGGGAUCGAACAUCACCCUACCGCCGUGCCACUUGGUCAGUAAUCUGACCCAGGUGACACUUAUGUGGAGCAAAGUCAACGGAGAUGGCGGGAGUUCACCGGUUCCUUCUACCGAGCGCAUCAAGGUCCUGUACGGCCACCAGCUGCAGAUCCAGGGGGUGACACCAGGAGAUGGUGGCAUCUACCAGUGCAUCUGGCCCUCACGCCCCCUCCCUGCGCCUAACAGCACUGUCUUCUCAAGUUACCGGCUUCUAGUCACCAGUGGUCCAGAGAACGUGUCCCUGUCCAUCGGGCGGGCCACCCCCCUGUCCAACGGGACGCUCAUCGUCUAUCGGGACUCCAGCGUCUCCUUCAACUGCUCCGGCUCCUCCUUCCCGUCCCAGCACCUGAGCCUGACCUUCACAGGAGGCUCGUCCAGCAACGUGUCGCUGGCCUCGGGCUCCGGCUCCUGGCUGAGCUACACGAUAGAAAACAUCCAGCCCAGCAACCAGGGGCUGUACAGCUGCUGGGCCCACAACAACGUGUCCGAUCGGACGGUUCAGAAGAACCAUCAGCUGCUGGUUUACUACGCUCCGGACAGACACCCCGACUGCAGUUGGGCGCCAGCAGCCGACGCCUCUCACGCCCUUUUCAACUGCAGCUGGUUUGGAGCGUACCCCACCCCGACGCUGCGCUGGGUAGAAGACCAGGGCGACCAGGGCGCCCACUGGAAAGGACACGUCUUCGUGACGGCGUCGAGGGACAGUCUGUCUCUGAGCCUGAACCGCUCUCUGCUGUCGGAGGGGCAGACUCUGAGGUGCAUGGCCAAGGGCUUUGACCCAUCAGGGAAGGAGAAGUCCUGCUCGCUCACCCUCAAGCCUCCGUACCCUAGAGGCGAGCCACUGGUCACGGCCCUGGAGGGGACCAGCGUCACGUUGACCUGCACCGAGGACGCCUCCAUCCCCCCGGCGAACACCACGUGGAGGAAGGGGCUCCAGCAGGACGCCAUCACGCCCGGGUGGAAGUACGCCCUGAGCCAGGACGGCCCCGCCUUCAAGCUGACCAUACACAACCUCACCAAAGAGGACGAGGGCGUGUUCUUCUGCCGCAGCGAGAACCCGCUCAACCUCCGUGAGCUGGAGGUCGUCCUCACCGUGAGAGCCCCCUCCGCUUUCACAGGAGCCAUCGUCGGCAUCAUUAUCGCCGCCCUGGUCGGGGGACUGACCUUCAUCGUGGCCAGAUCGCUGUACUCCUGCCGACACCGUAUUUGCUUGGGAGGAGAGUUUGGGCAAACGGAGGACGACCGGAGAGAAGUGAUGUCUCUGGUGGACUCGGACGACGACGAGCAGAUCUUCCAGGACGCCGUUCCCCGGCUGCCUCCGCUAACCAACGGCAAUCACAUGACGCUCGCCCAGAUCCACCAGAUCCCAUCAGGCGAUCACGAGGACGUGGACCCUGGGGACACCAGCUCUCAGCAGCAGGAGCACACCGAACAGACGGAACAGCCUGUGGAUCCUGUCACUUAUAUAUUUUAGGUGUUUUUAGAUCAAAGUUUCUAUUUUUUAGGCAAAAAAACGAUGUACUGAGAAUGUGAAUGUGAAAAACUCUGGUGGAAGACUUUUGUACAAAAAUAUUUCUUUUAAUUUGUCAUAUUGUAAAUAGUGUUACGUGCAGUGCGGUCAGGGUCAAAGGGUCAAAGGUUCAAAGGGCCUGUCUCUCUCUGUCAAGGUGCUGAUGAGGAUAAGGAGUUAAUGGUUCAGCUCAUUGCCCGCCCCCCCCCCAUUCCCCAUCAGCCUAUCACAGCCCAGGGCUCCUGAAUAAAGGGGGCCCAUCCCUCAGAGUCUCUUUUUGACCUGGUCUCAGAUCAGCUGCCACACAAGCUGUUUGGCUUUUUGCUGUUUUCUAUUGCAACUAUCUGUAAGGUUUGUGGGGGGGGGGGGGGUUUGGACAUUAGUGAAGUCAGGGCACCUUUUAUACUUUUGCACACACAGAGACCCACAUGUCUAGACACACAAGGAUUGUAUGUUGGUGUCACACGUGGACUUUGCAGAGCUGCUGCUUCCUAAGAUAAGUCAGUUUGACAUUUUAGUUUAAUAACAGACAAUAGAUUUUUUGUUAUAUUCAUAUCCGUUUCCUUGACACCAGCCACCUUUUCCCUCACCUCCCCCACAUUUGUAAAAACCUGUUGUCUGACCACACACUUGUUAAUACACACCUUUGUCACUCACACUUUUUUAACUGUGUCAAUAACAAUGGUUUGUCCCGUGAGCGUCAACAACAGUUUUUAAAAUGUGUACGUUUUUAUUCCUGUGGUUGUGUUUUUGUACAGCGUUUUGAACAUGAUACUGAGAUCAAUGUAGUAAAUUAAGUUGUUUAA